AGUUUAUGGUGCUGAGAAUUUGUUUAUUAUAAUUUGGUCUUGUCCACAGAACAGAGAUCAGUGUGAUGGAGAUACCUAAAAGAAUCCGUAACCCAAUCAAAAAAAACAAAGGUCAGUGGGCCAGCCACUGCCCUACAAAAUGAAGAACAAGAAGGACUUAUGGAUAUACUGCAAGAAUUUGUAAGACCUGCGACAUACUUACAGAAAAGGAGUUGCCAAUUACUAGCUUUGAGGGACUCAUUCCAGGAACUCGAGUUCUCGCAAGAUGGUCAGACAACAAAUUUUAUAAUGCCACUGUAGAUCACAUUGGGUUCUGUGACCAAAAGCAGGACCCGAGAAAGGGUGCAAAGAAGGACAUAAAAAGAAAUUAUGCAUCUGCUGAAUCAUUUUAUAAUCAGAAUCGGGUCGCUUCUGCACCAGCUGAACAUGGUCCUUUCUCUGCACUAACCCAGCCUCUGUCUCCAGGAUUGCCACCAACCCAACAUCAAUCUGUGCAAUUACCAUGCCCUGUUAAGCCUUUUAAUCCACAGACUAUGACACCAUCUGAGUAUUGUAAUCAAGACCAGCCAGGUUUAUUAGAUUUAGAUGAACAUCAAAGACAAACCAUUACACAUAAUUCAACCCCAAAAGAAACAUUUUUGGGGCUUCUGUAUAACCCGUCUAUACCUCACCCUUCAGCUGAAGUUACAAUUCAGGAUGACCAGCUUGGAUUAGAGCCUGAGGAGAAGUAUGAAAAACCCACAGUCAGAUCACAGAACGCAUCCUAUGAAAAUGAACAAUGGGAGCCAUGUGAAACAUGCAAGCUGGAGGUACAGGCAUUACUUAAAGAGAAUAAGAUGAUGAAAGAUGUGCUGUCCAGCAUGAAUCUUGAACACCUACAGGCACUCAGAGACUUUAUAGAUAAGAUGGAAGACUACAAAUCACGUGAAAGUGGAGUGCUGAUGCCUCAAACCAGACCUGGCCAACAAGAACUUUACCCAGACAGUGGUCUGCUUUUGUCCUCUACCAAACUAGCAGCUAUUCACCAAGAGUCAAAGAAGGACUGUCUUCGUCUUUUCCAUCUACUCUUUGAUCAGUUCUUCACUCAUGAAGAAUGUUCAAACUCUGUAGCGUUUGGAAAGCAUGGCAAAGUCCCAGAGGGCAAGACAAUUUUGGAUAAAAGUAAAGUAAAUGGAAUACUAAGUAAGUUCCUAAAUCCCUUUUAUCAAAUUUGUCAACUUCAUGUUCCAUACAUUUAA